UGGAUCUGUCAUUGCAGACCUGGACGUCGAUCCUGACAGCCACAAGGGGAAGAUGGGACUAUCUGCGGCACAGUGGCUAAAACUGGCUGCUCUUUUCGUUACUUUCGUGGAGGUCCCAUCGUACCGUCAUGUCAUCUUAAUGCACGGGAUUUUUGCGACAACUACGGAGCUAGAUCAUUUGAAUGGAUUCAUACAACAGGCUCACCCAGGCACCAAUGUGACGAUCCUGAACGGGUUUAAUGGCGCCUUCAGUCUUCGCCCCAUGUGGGAGCAAAUCGACUAUUUCAAGGAACGCAUGAAGAAGAUCUUUCAGCAGAACCCAGAUGGCGUCCAUGUUGUCUGUUUUUCUCAAGGUGGUCUGAUUUGCCGCGGGGUUUUGUCAACAAUCAAACAUAACGUCAUUUCCUUCGUGUCUCUGAGCUCUCCCCAAGCUGGACAGUAUGGAGACAGUAACUAUUUGAAGUAUCUCUUCCCGCAGUAUCUGAAAAAGAAUAUAUACAGAUUGUUUUACACACAAACAGGUCAAGAAUUGUCCAUUGCUAACUACUGGAAUGAUCCUCAUCACCAGCCACUUUAUCUGAAGGAGUCUCAAUUUCUGGCGAUCUUGAAUAAUCAGACGUUUAAUCCCCGAAGCCAAGAAUUCAAGGAGAAUUUCAGCAGUUUGAAAAACUUGGUGCUGAUUGGUGGACCCAAUGACGGAGUUAUCACCCCUUGGCAAUCCAGUCAUUUUGCCUUUUAUAAUGAAAAUGAGACAGUGGUAGAAAUGAAGAACCAACCAUGGUACAUCCAUGACUGGUUUGGCUUGAAAACUCUGGACCAGAGAGGAGCGAUUCACAAGUAUGAAAUACCGGGAGUCGAACAUGUUCACUGGCACUCUAACAAGACAGUCUUUGAAUGCUGCAUACUCCCAUGGCUCUCCUAGAGGUGAAACAGUGCCAAUACACGUUCAUCGGUGGAGACAACCAUCUGUGUUUUUCCGCAUAGAUCAUGUUGUGCAGCAUCUGUUAUUUUAAUUGUUUAUUUUCCCCCUGAAAUGAUCCAACGGCUCACUGAGUCUGUCUGUUUGUUUGUUUUGACAUUGUAACAGAAAUACAUGAAGGUCUUGAUAAGGGUUUAUCUCCUGAAUGCUCGUGAGUAAGGGUACCUUGACCUUAUUUUGUAAUGGAUAUUUACUGUUACUUGUAAUGCAGUACACAAGAGUUUUAUUAUAAUAAUGCAUGUGGGGUGACCAUUGUGACAUUUGUAUGGAAGC